CACCAACAUAUCAAACAUUUGAGAUUAAAAGAUACACAUCAGGUACUUUGAUGCAUUCUCCACUCCAAUAGAGUAAUCUAAUUCACUAGCUAGACUUUCCAAAUUCAUUAGCAUAGAGGGAUAAGUGACUUAUUGUUAAAAUUCAAGUUUACGUACUUAUUAUUAAGAUGCUAUAAGUUGUUCUACUUUAGGCAUGAAUAGCAUGCAUUUAUUAACUUAUCUAAAUUCCAUGCAUUCAUAUUUUGCAUAGCAUAUGUCCAACUUAAUAGAUUUUUAGUUAUUUUUCAGUAUGCGUCAAAAACUUACGCUUUUACGCUUUGAUUCUACGCUUUACGAUUUUACCCAUUUUCCGCUUCUAGAUAAAAUUGCGUUUUUGACUGCAUUGUUAAUUCUUGUGAUUCUAACUUGUAACGAUUUUAUUAGACAUUUUAAGGGUUAUAAAAAAAAUUAUAUAAUCUACCCAUUUUUUUCGUGAUUUCAAAUUAGGAGAAAUGAAAAAUAAAUAGUUUCAGGUGAGGUCACGCGUCUGGAAAAGUACAAAUUAAAGAAGAGCAAGGACUUGGCCGAAUUAAUGAGUGUAUUGGUAUGUAUGCUAUAUCUUUCGCCAAAACACCUUGUAACAACUUAUCAUAGUUCUAAUAGUAAGACUGGAUUUCCAUUUUUUUUUUCUUAGGAAAGAGAAAUAUGAACUACGGCUUGCCUUCCCACCUUUCAAGUUACAACAUCAAGAUGAUGAUCCAUAUUGAAGCGAUGAACCAACUUUAAAAACUUCUUCCAUAUUCAAGAACCAAUACUUGUUUAAGAAUUAGUUCUGAAGUAAAGUAUCCAAAUUUUCUUAAUUCGUUUUGAUUUGCCUUUAUUCCAGUUUUGUUUUCUACAUUCUCCUUCAUUUUGGCCCAUAUUUUAGUGACUUUUUUCCUCCUAAUAAUUUUCUGAGUUCCAGAUAAAAUUCCAUCAUCAUGAUUAAAGAAGAAAAAACCCUUAACAAAAUUUCUUAAGUUAGGCAUGACAGUUAGAUUCCAGUGCCAAAACAUGAUCAACAUGAAGAAUUUGAAGUUUAAACCAAGACCCUGCCAUUAUUUGUCAUAUUAACGCGUGGAAAUACUAACCAUGUUAAUUAACAAUAUUGAACUAUACCCAAGUAAAGCGACAAACUGCCACCAGCUCCUAUUUUCUAUCGAAAUCAUUACUCUUCAAGUCUUCCUCCCCAUUCCCAAAUCACAGAAAUAGAAAUAAAAUAAAAAGCCAAGAACCUUUUUUUCUAGCCCUAAAGAAGGAAAAGCAAAAGUGGAGAAAAAAAAACCAAAGAAAGAAAAUAGCCGCAAAACGAACCUCUCAGUCUCUGUGUUUUUUGGUUUUGAUUUCAAACCAGGUGACAUCAUGUAGUGACAUUUAUGACACAGCAAGCUGCUUCUUCUCCCCACCCGUCUCACACUCUUUCAUAAUUAAAAGUCUCCUUCUUUCCUUCCACACCCAACUCCCCAAAUUCUGCUUCUAUAAAUAUCGGCAUUAAUUUCUUCCAUAUUGUUCUAAACCAUCCCACCAAGUGUUCUCACCGAUAAUACCACAAGAACAAAGAAAAGACGACGACUAAGUUGCGAAAAAUGGAGAGAAUUAGCUGCAACAACAACAACAAUGGCAGCAUGAUCAACAUUAGCAAUGCUAAUAAUGCUAAUCAUGUUCAACAACAACAACAGCAAAACGUGGUGUCUCCAAUUUCGGUGCCUUGUUAUUCCAGCUACAAUUCCCCCUCUCCUUCUCCACCUUCCCACCAUUCUUCAGCUUCCACUUCUCCCACCACCACUACUUUUGCUUCUCCUAUUUCCAACAGAGCAGCGGCUGUCAGUAAUAAUCAAUCUUCCUCUGAAACUGCAAAUGGUGGUUUUCCUCCGUCUCCUCCUCACCAUCAACACCAUGUGAUUCUCAGCCCUUGUGCUGCCUGUAAGAUCCUCCGCCGCCGAUGCGUCGACAAGUGCGUUCUGGCUCCUUACUUCCCUCCCACUGAUCCAUUGAAGUUCACCAUUGCCCACCGCGUCUUUGGUGCUAGCAACAUUAUCAAGUUCUUGCAGGAGCUGCCGGAGGCGCAGAGGGCGGACGCAGUGAGCAGCAUGGUGUACGAGGCCAACGCCCGGAUCCGGGACCCGGUGUACGGCUGCGCCGGAGCGAUCUGCCAGCUCCAGAAGCAGAUCGGCGACCUCCAGGCCCAACUAGCUAAGGCCCAGGCCGAGGUCGUGAGCAUGCAGACCCAGCAGGCCAACUUGGUGGCGCUAAUCUACAUGGAGAUGGCUCAGACGACGUCGUCGUCGUUGUCAAAUCAAGAACAACAACAACAACAACAACAACCCAUGAUCUUCACCGACCAAACGGCGUCGUUGUCACACCAGCACCUCCAAUCCAACAACAGCAUUGACACGGCUUGUUUCCUCGACGAGACCAACUUGGGCGCGUCCUGGGAGCCGCUCUGGACAUGAUCAUCACGAUUAGCUGCCUAAUUAGCCGGAAAGUUUGCUGAUUAAUUUUUACGCUAAUUAUUAAUCAGUAUGGUUUCCAAGGCUUUAAUGUAAUGAUAAUUUGAUGUGGUGGGGCCCCAUGAGAAAGAAAAAAUUUAAAGGAAGAGGGUGGGGGGGAAAAGAGAAGAAAAGACUGGAUCCAUACCGUAUACAGUUUAUAGUGGGAGGAGAAAUAAAUAAUAAGGGAAAUUAAUUUGAAUGUAACUUAAUUAUUAUUAUUAUUGUCAUUACAAACAAGAAGGGUUAGUUAUGGACUUUGGAAAUGUGUCAGUUUGCAAAUGUUGACUGGGGGACCUUUCUAGAGAAAGGGACAAUUAAUUGUAUGAUAAUGUUUCAUUGUGAGGCAAUAAUAUAAUUUUAUUAUAGAGGAGGGAUUAUAAUUACAGGUCUGGUCGCCUGGGAAACAUUGUAGUCUGAUCAGUUCUUAUGAAAUGAAAUAUUACAGAUGGACAGUCAAAAUAUGUUGAAGGAUAAGCAAGACAUUGAUUCUUACUUUCAUCUGACAUUGUUCCUGGUUUAUUUUAUUUUUUUAAGGAUGAUCAUAAUUAAAAAAAAUUCUUCAUUUACAUGAAUCGAAAAUUAGCACGGUAGUUGAAGAUUUUACAAAAAAAAAAAAAAAAGAAGGUGUUUUAAGUAAAUAAUCUGUAUCUUCUAAACUUUGAAUUUGUAAGAUGUUAAACUCCAAUUAUCAUUCUUAUCCGAAACAAAACUUAUUUGUAGCUUUCAUAUCGAUCCAUCAAUAUAAAAGUAAGUAAUAAUUGUUGCAAAUAUUUUCUUUAUCAAGCUUACCUAUAUGUAUAUAUACUAUUACAGUCAAUUAAAAACAUAACACAAAUCCUCAAACCAAAAGAAAUCCAUCUCAAAAUCUAGCGGACCAAAAUAUAACAAAUUCGAUUCAAUUCAAUUAUAAACAAAUUGUAAGGUUUCAAUUUAUAUGAAUCGAGUAAUUAAAACUACUAAAUCAAAACCACGCAACUCAUAAGAUAGAAAUCGAACCAGAAACCAGAAACCAUUUCUCUAGCUAACUUGACAAGCUAGCUAGGCGAGGCGCCACCAUGACUCGAAAGUCCAAUUAUGAUUCUAGCUUUGCCCCCACUUCUCAAAGUCAACUCACAAUUAUAUGUAUAAUAGCUUUAGAUAUUAACUUUCCUUUUCCUUUGCAAAAAUAAAUGACCAGAGCAAAAGCGAUAAAAGAUCGAAGGAAGCUUUUUAGGAGUACUGUCAUAGUGUCAUCUAGCUAGCGAAUAAUAAAGCUGAAAUUUAUCUUCAUUGUUGCUGUUGUUGACUUGAGCCUACUUGGGUUUUUAAAAAAAAUCAAAACUUCGUUUUUGUUCGAAAAAAGAGCUACCCGAUUCAGUAAAUUGAUAGUGAUAUGAAAUUCUAAAUUAAUUUCCGACGUAAAAAGAAGCAAAAUAAAAGUAGAGUUACUUAAAUAUGUGCUUUCUCGUCCAAAAAACAUGCAUGGAAGAUAAUUAUCAUAUCAUACAUCAUAGCUUGUUACAUUACAUAUGUGAAUUUCAAUUUUCUCAACAACUGAAGGAGUGAGAACGCGGCAUUGUACGUCCAUGUUUUUAUUUAUUAUCGAUUUUGAUUCAUUUGAGUUGGUGCCACGUGCAAGCUUGCAUGGUUUGAUAUUAUUAUAGCUUUCCCAGACAUUCUGUCGGCAUCACAAUUCUACUGUCCUUCACCUCUUCCUGUUUUGUUUUUGUUUCAAAUAAUUUAGUGGGGUUUUUCUUUGUGUAGACUGUAGGGGUUAAUUUGAAGAAGAAUCAAGGCAAUUAUGACUACAAAAUGCCCAGAUAGACUAGGUGAGCUUCGUGGUGCAUGUGCGUGGAAAUAAAUAACAUUCCAGCAGUAAGUGCCAAUUUACAAUCAAUUGAGCGUAGGACUAUAGUGAACAAAUACAAAGAAAACAAAUUGUUUACCAAUAAAACUUUGACAACUGA